AUGGGGCAUCACACCUGCUGCAACAAACAGAAAGUGAAGAGAGGCCUUUGGUCUCCUGAAGAAGACGAGAAACUCAUCAAUUACAUCUCCUCCUAUGGCCAUGGCUCCUGGAGCACUGUCCCCCGCCUCGCUGGGCUUCAAAGAUGUGGAAAGAGCUGCAGACUGAGAUGGAUCAAUUAUCUGAGGCCUGAUUUGAAAAGAGGCAGCUUUUCUCACUAUGAAGCCACUUUGAUCAUCGACCUUCACAGGGUUUUAGGAAACAGGUGGGCUCAGAUUGCGAAGCAUCUGCCAGGAAGAACUGACAAUGAAGUGAAGAAUUUCUGGAAUUCGAGUGUGAAGAAGAAGCUUGUUUCUGCUCAUCAUCAUCAUCAUCAACAACAACAUAAUCUAACCAAUAAUAAUAUUAGUAGUAAUGGUGUUGAUGUUAGUAAUAAUAGUAAUAAUUACGUCGUCGCUGCAGAGAAUGGAUUCAUCUCAGGAGCUUCAAGGUCCAACAAUGGCGGAUCCUCCUCUGACAACUGCUGUACCAAUCUUCCUUACCUGAUUACCACCUCCCACCACGCCGGAAUCUUCCCCAACCAUAAUCAUCCCCAAAUCGAUCCUCUUCUUCCCCAAUUUCAUCAAUUCUCCGCUGAUCAAUCGUCGUGUUUAAAUCCCAAUUACUCGUACCAGCCCCACCAGAUGGAUAAUAAUUUCGUGCUCGGAUUUGAAAACCCUAAUUCGCUGCUGACGGCGGAUAAUAGUAACAAUUAUAAUAAUCUUCAUCUUCUGGUUAAUAAUCCGGCGCCGGAAAAUCCAGACUUGGCGGUGAUUGAUCAUCCUCCGGCGGCGGCGAUGGGGUUUCUGAUGCAGAACUCAGUUUCUGGUGAAGGGAUUUUGGGGACGGAUUUCGUCGGAGGAAUCUCAGCCGUUGAUAUUAUUGCGACGUCAGCUACUCCUAAUCCAAUGGACUACAUUGAAUCUCUUAUGGCUUCAUCUAGUCCGGCGUCCUGGGCCUCCACCGCCGCCUCCGCCUCCGCCUCUCCGCCGCCGCCACCCCCGCCGCCGUGCAACAGCAGUUUCCCGGCGGACUCUUGCCUGCCUCCGGCGAUGUGGGGCCCUCGUCCAUGA